CUCCAGUCCUCCUAGACCAACUUAUUGGAAAGAGGGGAACAAAAACAACCCCAUAACUUUACCUGCCACCCCUCACCCAACUCACUGGCUCUCCAAAUGCAGCACACUGCUCACAGUCGUGACACAAAUUAAUACUUACAGCCAAAAGCAUAUUGUUUUGCUUUCCUUUUGGAGAGAGCCAGAGAGAGAGAGAGACAUGCUCUGAGGCAAAAAGCUACAGUUUUUAACAUGGAGUUUUGGAGUUUGAGCAGAGGAAUUUCAUGGUUUCAACAGAGUUUCAUCCACUGAUGUAUGGACUCAGAAAAAGGAACUCAGUAGAAGAUACCAGACCAAUUUGGGUUCUAGCUAGUGGUUUUUCAAAAACCACUCAUUCGAUCAAAUAAGUAAGCCCCAGUAGGUGGUAAUACUGUUAACCAACAGCCACUCUCCUUCAAGAAACCAGUUGGAGUAUUGAUACGCAGGCCUCAUAAUCUCUGUUCAAACUUUUAGGUCGUUGGAUACUUUGUAAAGCAGUGCAACAUUCGAAGUUCUUUUCUGAUACAAGUCAGUAAAGCUCUGAUGUCACCCAGCUCUAAAAUGGGUGAUGGGUUGAAGCAGCAGAGGUGGGAGUUUAGGAGGAGGGACAGUGACAUGGAUUCUUCAAGUGAUGAGUCUAAAUCAAGUAGUGAGGCGGCUCACAAGAAGCAUAACCUGGUUUGCAGUUUGAUUCCACUUGAAAAUGAUGAAGCAAUUGGUAACUGCAGAGUCCAGCAGACUGGCAUGUGCAAUCCUCAUAUGGAUGAUCAGAUCAUGUUUCAGAAAGGUAAAAGGGUGCAUCUUAGGAGGAGGAAAAAGGAUAAUUGGAUUAAUAAUGACAUGGAGAGGGAUUCCCGUAAAGAAGUUAGUAGAAAAAAGAGUAGAACUAGUGUUUACGAUCCUGCUGCUUUGGAUGAACUUAAAAUCUUCAUGGAGUCCUUAUUGGAGGAUCUUAAAGUGACAAGAGAAAAUUUGUUUUCAUGGAUGAGGAAGGAAAUGCAAGAACUGGUGGCUGAUGAUGAUGCUGCUCCACGUCUUGAGCGAAGAAAAGGAAGUUCUGGAGGGAAAAACGUCCGAGUACAGAAUGGAGACAACUUUGUGGAAAACACCAUCUCUAAGGAGUAUAUACAGGUGCAUAAUAAAAGAAAACUUGAGGAAAACAUUAUAAUUCAGCAUCAAAAAAACUUUGACGAAAAUGUCCUGGUGCAACGUGAAAGCAACUCUGAGCAGAAUGCAUGUCCAGAACAUCAUAACAAAUUUAAGGAGACCUUCCAAGUGCAGCAUCAGGGCAACUUUGAAAAAGUAGAUGUUCAAGUGAACUAUCGAAAUAACUCAGACCUUGGCAUGAAAGCUCAAAAAUGUGAUAUGGGAUCAAUAGAGAGGAGUGUUAAAAGCAAUACAGCAGCAGGUUAUGAUAAUUGCUCUCCUCUUAAGCCAAAUUUUCAAUCUGCAGACAAGAAUGUGUGGAUGCAGCAUGAAAAGAAAUAUCUAUCAGGCACAGGAGCUCAAGCUUACAGUGGUAGAUCUUUAGAGAGCCCUUUAAUAGGCAGAAAGAUGGCUCAAUCUAAUUAUUUCUAUCCAGUAAUUGAACAUCGAGUUGAUCGUGUUCAAGAAAUUGGAGCCGGAACAUCAUCUGAAAAGGAUAGAGGUGAGAGGUUGGGAUUACCUAUUGAGUCCAUUUUUUCUUCCAAUCUUUCCAGUCAGGUAGCUUCUUCAAUGUAUUUGUCAUUACCCACUGUGUUAACUGAGCCCUGUGUUGAGAACCAUAUGCUUAAUACUUCUUCAAGCAAUUAUAUUCGAACACCAUUUGAUAGAAACAAACUAGAUGUGAACUAUGGGAAGGCAAAUCCGAUGCUCAAAGUAAAUGGUCAUCAUGGAAAAUCAUCAGGCAUGCAGCAAGAAGAAAGAAAUGGAAGCUUUGCUCAACUAGGGUCCAGAAAUAUGAGUUGUUUCGAUAAACAAUGCAUCCCAAGUUCAAGCAUUGGAACAGGAUUCCCAGUUCCACUUCAUCAGGGUACGGACAUUGGUGUUAGCAUUCCAAGCCAAGUAAGUUUGCAAUACCUACCCCAGGAAGAAACAAACAUAAUGGGUUUAAGGAUGGAUGAAGGAGCCUCAACGUUCUCUGGUGGAAGCUAUGCUGCUAUAUCAGAAGGCUAUCUUGCAAACACUUUUUACAGAAAUUCCAUUAGUAAAGCUCAUGACAGACUGAAGGCAUUUCAAAAUCAAGACCUUGAAGAGGGCCUUUUAUUCCCAAAAUAGCAUAAGUUAUAACAGGGUUGAACAAUGGACAAGAUUCAAAUUUUCUGUUAUGACAUGCUUUUGCAGAAAAGAAGCCAAUGGUGCUUUGCUUUCUAUGUUUUGUUGUUCCAGAAAACAGGCAACAAUCAAAUUAAAUUUCUGCUGUCUUCUUGGUUUAUGUCAUUUUGAAACUGGGAUUCCAACUUUCUUGUUUUGUCAUGUUUUGAUGCAUAACCACCAUUAAUUUCUUGGUUCUGAGGACAUGUUGACAGAGCUAGCUUUGUGACCAAGCCAACUGGCUGCAGAAUUUGAAACUUUGCUGACAAGUAGAUGUUGAGCUGUGUUAACUUACAACUUACUGAGAUUCUGAGAUGAUUUAGUGGGGUGGUAAAUUUUAUGUUUUUUUUCUUCCCUUGAUUUGGAUAUGAUUUGUUGGUCAUAAUAUUCUGGUGCUGAUACUUCUUCUUCA